AUCGGCAGAAAUACAGAGAGAGAGACAGAGGAAAAAUAGAGAAAUGCUUAAAGAGUAGUGUUAAAUGCUCCAACAACUAGCAUUCAUUUUUUGGAAACCUUGUUGCACAAUCUACUUCUCAUAGACCCAGUUGUUUUCUCUCUCUCACUGUCUCCUAAAGCUUUCUUCAAUUCUGCUUCUCUGCAUACCUCAGUUUAUUCCCCCAGAUCUUUAUUGGGACUCAUUUUUUCUGUAAUGAGUAAGCAAGAGUUUGCCAAGCUCCAGUCUUGUGUGCUGAAAGUGGAUAUACAGUGUCACUGUGAUGGCUGUAAGAAAAAAGUGAAGAAGCUGCUUCAAAAUGUUGAUGGUGUUUACACAAGCAAAAUAGAUGCAGACCAAGGGAAGGUUACAGUGACUGGAAAUGUUAACCCAGCAACACUCAUCAAGAAACUUAGCAAAUCUGGAAAGCAUGCAGAGCUGUGGAUGUCUCAGAAGGGCACAAACAACUUCCAAAACCAAGUUAACAACCAGUUCAAGAACUUUCAAAUUGAUGCUCAAAAGACUGGCAAAGAUAACAAGUCUCAAAAGGGCCAUGGCCAACAAAAGGGUGGUGGUGGUGGGCAUCAAGUACAACAAUUCCAACAUAUGCAACAACAGAAGGGACCUAAGGAGAUGAUGAAGCAACAGAAAUCUGUGAAAUUUGACAUGAAUAAUGAAGAAUUCGAUGCUAGUGAGGAUGAUUUUGAUGGUGAUUUGGAUGAAUUUGACGAUGACUUUGAUGAUGAGUUUGAUGAAGAUGAUGAAGAUGAUCAUUUUUUUAAUCAUCAGGUACCCAAAGGCCAUCAACAAUUCCCCAACAAAAUGGCACCAAUGGGUAUGAUGGGUAAUGGCAAUGGAGUACAUGGGCAUCAAGCUAUUAUGAUGAACAGCCAGGCCAAAGGUGGUGGCGGUGGUGGUGGAAAGAAAGGUGGGGCAAUUGACAUUCCUGUUUCAAUGAAGGGUAUGGGUGGAAAAAAUGAUUCUAAGCAUGGAAAUAAUGGUAAUGGAGGAGGAAAGAAAGGAGGAGGAGAUGGUGGUGGUGAUGGUGUUAAAAAGGGCAAAGGAGGGAGUAAUAAUCAAAAGCAAGGAGGCAAAGAUAAAAAUGGUGGAAAGGGUGGUAUUUUGGGGUUCCUUGGAUUUGGUAAGAAGAGUAAAAAGAAGGGUGGUGGUGGUAUGGAUGGUACUGAUAAGAGUAGUAAAGGUAAUGGCAGAGUAGGUGGUAGUGGUGGGAACAAUAAUGGUGGUGGGGCUAAACCAGGCAGGGGGAAAGGUACUGAUGGGGUCCAUGAUAUGAAGAAAAUGAAAAAUGAGUUUGAACUCGAUGUCACUAAGCCUGGAAAAGGACCCAAAGGAGGAGGUGGGAACCAUGGUGGUGGUAAUGGGCCUAAUGGCACCAAGACUAUGGGCCAUAUGGGUCCAAUGGGUGGUCAGAUGGGCCAUAUGGGUCCAAUGGGUGGUCAGAUGGGCCAAAUGGGCAAUUAUGGGCAGAUGGGUAUGACGAUGACACCAGCAGCAGUGCAAGGAUUACCAGCAGGUGCAGCAGGGUCAAUGAAUGGUGGAUAUUAUCAUGGUAUGGGAGGAGGAGGAGGAGGUGGGGGACCAGUGAAUCCUUAUACUCAACAACAAUAUAUGCCUAUGAUGAUGAAUCAACAGCAUCCCAAUAUGAGUGAUAUGUCUCAAUAUCAAAUGAUGCAUGGGCGGCCUAAUCCGGCCAUGAACUACAUGCCGCCACCACCAAUGCCGCCACAUCCAGCGGUUAGAGACCCUUACACUCACUACUUCAGUGAUGAGAAUACAGACGGCGGUUGCAGCAUCAUGUAGUGUAGUAAAUUGUGUUAGGAUAGGUAGAAAAUUAGAAUGUUGAUGUCAAGUGCAGUAUUUGGUUUUUUGUUCUUCUGUAGCAGUAGUGAACCAGUGGUGUUCAUACAUGGUUGUAAGGAUAAAAUGUAGCGAUGCCUAUGCUAAAUGGAAAUGCAUUGACUUUUGCGUUUUA